AUGACGAAUAUCACUCGAGGAUGUCAAUAAUUGGCACAAUAACUGCCAUUUUAUGAAACCUUUACUAACUCUAAUUUAAUAAGAUAAUUGUUUUGUUGUUACCCCUUUUAAGAAGAACCUAUAAGACUUUUGCUCAACAUUAUGAUGGAGAGAUUUUAAAAUCUAGAGUUCUUGAAUUGUUUACACAAGGGUCUGAGCGAACUAUCCCUAUUGCAAGAAUAAAAGACUAUGCUAAGUUGUAGAUCAGCUGGGAGAGGAAGAAAAAGAUUAUAAGCUGGAUAGGCAUACGCUAAAAAUGUAAUUGAAAGUUUGGUAAUUUCAAAACAAUUCGGAGUGACCUAUUUGAAACCAAUGUUUCAUUUAGCUUCAAAAUUGAAACAAUCCUUAGAGAGUAGAUGUGGUAUCUUUACAUCUUUCCUCUUCAACACUCGAGAUCAAUAAGUCAUAAAAUUGUUGGUUGAUAUCUUUCAAGAUUGUAAAAAUGAAAUCUUUGGUGCUUGUACUUGGGUCAAUAGAAUUGAGGAUCAAUUUGAACAAUAUUUCUAUUAAAAUUAAAUACUUAAAUCUUCCAGUUCAAUUCAAGUCGACCAAGAUGAACUGCUUGAUAAUAGUGAAGCUACAGAGUCUUCUAUAGAAAUUGAUCCAAAUGAAGAAAUACAAAAAUGGAUUUGUCGAGAUGGCAUACCACUUGCAAAUGAAUAAUUGGACUACUUUAGGAGCCCUGAAUGUUUAGAGCUAAUCUUCCAAUAUAUUUUCGAUCCUAGUCAUCUAUCCACUAUCCAUGAAUGGUCUCAUCACUACAGCGAUGUAAAGGUUAAGCAUAAUUAUAAAUCAAGAAAGCCUAAUCAAACUUAAGAUAUAGAUUAAUUGUGUCUUAUUCGCUCUCUUAAAACUUUAUAAUUGCUGAUGCACGAUAAUAACUAUACUGUUAUUAGUAAAAUAGUACCAUAAUUCAUAAUGAAAUUAUUUCAUGGAAUUUAUGAUGCUUUGAAUGACAAAGAUAAGAAUGUAGAUCUUAAUUAAAUUUCUCUACUAUUGGAUUUUCUAUUGUUGACAAAUCGCAGAUAAUCCAUACUCUUGAUUAUUGAAUUAAAUCUUAUGUUCUAAUUCGUAUCCUUAAUGUACAAUGAAAAUAUUGAGACAAUUGUGUAAAAAAUCAUAAUGGAUGAAUAUGAGAUGGGAAAUUAUGUGUUCGAAUAAUUUUGGUAAUAUUUGGAAUGCACUAAUUGGAUACAAUAUUUCCUAUUUUUAUCUUUGAAAAUUAAGGUCGACACUUUCAAAGCCAAUAAAAACAAUUAAAAUGAUAAGACAGUAAAUAUUACAGGUCUAUUAAAAUCAUAAAUAAACUUUGAUCGUUUUAACAACAAUACUGAAAUAGACCUUAAUGAAAAGAAGAUGCUCACCGAUUUCUUAGGUUAAAUGUAACCAGGUAAGAACUACGUAUAGUAAUAUGGGAUGAAUUAAUUAAAUUGGCAAUUAAAUUAAAACAUACGUGAAUAUAUAUUUGCUAGUGAAAUUGAGGGGAAGGAUAUAGAUAAUCUAAGAUUAUUCACAAGUGAAAGAUAAUAAUAUUAAUCAACAGUUCAAAUUUCAGCUAAAGAUAAGCAUUUUAUUAAAUAAAUAAUUAAAAAUGACACAUUGCUCAUUAGACCCAAUAGUAGAAGAAACAUUAAGCAAGCUCUGUAGUAAAAGAAUUUAACAAACCUCCAAAUUGUAUAAACUAUUAAUCAAUUACCAAGAUUAACAGUUGGAAAUCAAGAACUAUAAAAAUGGAUUCAACCUCAAAAGGCUACUAGUAUUAUUUGUAUCAAUCAAAAUUCAAGAAAAAGUCCAAGACUCUGUCCAGUUCGAACUGAAUAAAGUGUUGAUGUCUCCUCAUUUUAUGAAGGUUUCUCAAGUGGAAGAUUAAGAGGACUGUAUCCAAGUCCUAAAAUAUCUAUCUAAUCUAGCAGUUUCGAACGAAAAGCAAUUAAAUAUGCAUCUGAUAUCUCGUUGUUGCCAUCCUGUAUUUCGAUCUAGAAAUUACUGAUUCAAAGUGUAUUUCAAAAUAUGACUAAUUUGACUCAAACGGAUAAAAAGUAACAAUAGCGAAUAAAAAUAGAGUAAGAUUAUAUUUUACCAUAAUUUUUCAAUAAGGAAAUCUUGACUUAAAUAUUUAGAGUCUAUUUAUAUGACAUUAACAAUAUUGAUAAGUCUAUUGCAGAUAUUUCAUGUGAAUGCGGAUUAUUAGUAAAUGAAAUCUAUUUAAAUUGUAUCUAACAUUCUGAACUUCACUCUUUUAAAAGAAUUUUGAAAGAUUCUUUCUAUGAAAUUGGUGAUUAUAUUUGUAAAGUGAUCGUAAAAUUACAUGAUGAUUCCUCCUCGAAAUUUAAAAGAUAAUUAUUAAUUACUACUCUAUAAGAAGGUCUAAUGUUAUUUGGUGAGUAAUAGGACACUCCUAAAAAUGUGUUUAGUUUUAUGAAUGAAACGAUGCUGCAUUUACUUAUAGUUUGGUUUUUUGAUAGUGAUUAAUCCAAUUUGUACUAGUAGGCAUUUGUAAAGUAUUAUUCAAGAAGUUAUUUUAGAUUAUUUUCGGUAAUCUUUUCGAGAGGUCCUUCGUAUUUACUUGGUAAUAUACUAUUCAAACUUGGAUUAAUUAGCUCAUUAAAAAAUGCCUAUUUCAAUUUCUUUGUAAAUAGCAUUAAAUUUACAAAUGGAGUUGAAAGCUUGUUUUACUAUGUGAGCGUUCUGAUCUAUGCAAUAUAGAAAUCAUUAAACAUAAGAAAAAUAUCGUCAAUUUUAAGUAAUUUAGAACCUUUGAAUUCUUGGAAAUCUUUAAAAGAUAUAAAAAUUGAUAACAAUUCUCAAUUUGUUUAACAGAUCGAUUUAAUAAUUCUGGAAAAUGAUGGAAGAACUCCAAGAUAAAUAAUUAAAAAGAAAACAAUCGUAAUCCCAAAUAAAAAUAUGUUGCAAAGUAGAAAAUCUUAAAUAACCAUGCUUAGUAGUCAUAAAUUUUCGAUUUAAUAAACUGCAAAUGAUUUAGUAAAUUUAAUGAAAACUAAGGAUAAAUUGAUUCUUAAUUAGAAAAGAAGUAUACAUUUUUGA